AUGGGCAUAUCCAUCGAUACCCAGGAGGGCAUCUUUGGCAGCCAAGUCGAACAGCGUCUUGCUCAUCACAUCGACCACGACGACGACGACUUUGGCCAUGCAAGGCGACCAAGUGAGAGCAACACCAACAACAUCAACAUCAACAACAACAACAACAACAGCAGCAGCAGCAUUCAAUGCAACACUGACCUCGGCAGAGGACUCAGUCCUUCCCCUUACAGACUCACCGCACCAUCACCACGACCACUCGGUCGCAAGAGCUGGCUGAGGCUUCCCUGGAACCCAUGGAGACAUGAAUCACCUGCCAUGCCCCAUGCUCAUCGACCCAUCCCUAGUCCCCAUCCGAAACAUAGCUCUUCCUCUUGGUGGAGGCCAGCAGGAGUCUACGACCGCCUUCCCCUGGGUAUGACGCCCAAUCGAGCCGUGGCCGGAGGAUGGAACACAGGAUACAUUGCAGAGCUCGUUGCGGCAGUGCUCAGCAGCAAGGGACGGAAAGGCUGGUUCCUGGGUCUCAUCUUGGUUUCAUUGGCGUUGACGCUCUUUUCUGGCGGAUACCUCAUGAACCAGUUUCAGCACUACAAGGACAUCACACCACCAAUUGUAUCGGUAUCGAACGGAGAGGAGAGCAGCAGCAGCAGCAGCCAUAACCAGGAGCCUAAUAUUCCGAUCAUCGAUCUUGAGCAGGACUCGGGACCACGGAAGGACAGAGGUCGGGGCAAGAAGCCACAUGGACCAGCAAAGAAGAAACCUACCAAACCUGCUGUCGACACUACGAUUACUGGAGGUAAUCGCCCACAGGACGCGGGGCCCUCUUCGCUCAGGAUCUGUAAUCUCCAAGAUGUUGCCAAGGGUCAAUGGGUGUUUUUGAAGGCUGCAGGCAAGCAUUCCGCCGCCCCAGAUGCUGGUCAGGACUUGUCGUGGACUGGAUACGGCCCCCUUGGGUGUAGAUCGACCAUUUGGAACGAGCGGUAUCUUUUGACACCCGCAGCCGUGCCAGAGUCCGAGUCGCCAUCUACGACUUCUAGUCCACACCUAUCCAAGGACUGGGCAUAUGCCGACCGCCUACAACAGUACCAUUGGUUGAUGGACCACUCUGGUCCAAAGCACAAGCAGGAGCCCAAGUGUCGACAGCCGGAUAUGGGCUUGGCAGACUUUGUAGAGGUUUUGAAGCGGUCUCCUUUGGUGAUGAUCGGUGACAAGUUUUUAGAACAGGAAUUCCUGACACUGGAAUGCAUGCUUAUGGGGAUGCAGCAGCAGCUUUUGCUCGACUACCGGGCGGAGGACAAUGGAAACCGUGGUUCGCAAGCGGAACUCGAGGCGCUGGAUUACUGGAUCGAUUCAGAAAAGCCUGCUAUUAUCGAGCUCAAGGUUGCGUCCGGCGAGAAGCUAUCGUCACCCGAGUCGUCUUCAGACAGUUCGGCGGGAGCACCCAAGAGCCGGUCGAUGGUGUACAGGAAAGCCAAGCCCGGACAGAUGAAACUGAUUGAGCGGCAGUCGAACCUCACGCUGAUCACUUUUAUUCGUUCAGACGUUCUCUGGGACACCGGGAUGUUAUCAGAAACUGCCACCAAACAUGCGCUGAAAUCGGUGGAGGAGCUGGCAACGUUGGAUGCAGGCGGACUACACCCUGACUGCAAACUCGCGGGAUCGACGUUAAUGUGCGAGCCAGCUGGCAUUGAUCGACAUGACAACGAGUCCAGGGGAACUGCCUCUACACAACCAACUCAACAAUCGGCAUCGCAAUGGUGGAAGUGGCUAGUGGGGUCGGAGGAGAACUCACCGGAUGAGUUAUUGGGACAUAACGUCGCAGAGUCUACUGACGAGGAGAUGUCUACGGGGUCUGAUUUGGACCACGACAUGAUCAACCUGGAAUGGGUCGAUACCCUCAAGGAGAUUGUUGAGGAGUCGGCAAAGUUGCGUCAAAAGAGGAAAUGGAGAGCGCCAGAUGUCGAAAGGAAACCCAUGGUAUUGGUCAGCAAUGGUCAGUUUUGGGAGUACGAUCCACGGGACGCCGUCCGGUUUGACCUGGAGGGCGGCGAUCGAAAGUUGUCCAAGAUCGAACAGGACAAGAUCAAGGAGAGCCAGGACAGGCGGAGGACUAUGUUGAGACAGCGGUACACGAUUGUUUUGACCAACAUGCUCGAUUACAUCAAGUCCACGUAUCCAGAUCUGCGAGUCAUGGUGCAGACGAGCGUGAAACGGAGUCCCUGCGAGUCUGCAGCUGUCAGUGCUGACGAUAAGGCCUUGUGGAAGCUGAAGGAUCAGGAAGCCGCCCUUCUGAAUGCACUGACCAAGACGGUGGUGGCAAGGAUGCAGGACCCUCUGUACUCAUUCUUGGACACGACCUUCCUGCGAAUCUUCAAAGACUCGACCCCAAACAAGCGCCACUGCCGCAGCUUUAUGAUGCCAGGGCCUCUUGAUACCCUUGUGAAAUUCUUGUACGGAGAACUCUACCGCUUAGACCUUUAA